UAUUUAUAAGAAACACGAGUUAUCUUUCAAUUGAAUCCGUAAUUUUUAUAUAUUUAUAAGAAACAUAAGUUGUAUGUUAAUUUUGUAAUAUUUCCAACUCACAUUCUUAGGAUUAGAAACUCCAAGAACUGCAGAGCUCCUUUCUUGUGGAUCAAAUAUUCCUUACCCGAGAGAGGAAAGUGGGUCCUUUUUAAACUCCCUUUUACUUAGGUAGUCUUGUCUGGGCCCCAUAUCAUGGUUACUUGAACCUGUCCACCGUGGGCACAGCUACUUGGAAUCAGGUGAAAAUACAAAAGAGGAAUCAGUUGGUUCCUAAAUCUUAAGAUUUGCUCCAGGGUCCUGAUACUCUGGAGGUGCAGGGCCCGGGAGCAGAAGGAUCAGGUGAUGUUAACAAAGAACACCACCCUCCUCCAGCAGGCCCCCAGGAGUAGCUUGAGCUCCGGCAGAGGAAAGGCAGCUGCCGAGGGAGAUGGAGGUGGUGUUCUGAGCGGUGUCCCAGAUAUUUCUAAGGGGUCUGGUUGGACUUGGCUUCCCAUCUCAGCGAGACUGUUACAGCCUACCAUAAACCCUGCUGCCCCUUUUGUCUGAGGGGGGCUCUGACCCUUAACUACCUCUAAGACGCUAACUGAACUGGAGCCUGCCUUUGUUCUCAUGAGCGCCCGGAAAGGAUACUGCCUCAUUCACCAGUAGCAGAGACCACGGGAACACAUUCUUGGUCUUCGUGGGAGUAGAAAGCUGAGGAAGACAAGGGACCUCCUUCAGGAAUUCCGUUCCCACCAGGACUGCCAUUGUCUCUCCUGCACUGUGAGGCAUUUGGUGAACACGUGGACCAGAGCUGCUCUGAGAUCUUCACUCUGAUCCCAGAGAGAGAGAUCUUUGCAGUCUGGAGUCUGUGUGCCUGGGAGUCCAUCUACUGAAGGCUGUGUCCAUUGCGUUCUUGGUUCUUUUUUUUUUCUUAAGGAAGAGAAGUCACAAUUUGCCACAUUCCCCUUCUCUUCCUGUUUAACAAAAUAACAAAAUCAUACAUACCUUGUAAGUGACCUGUAUCUCAUCCAGGAAGGAGGGCGCUAAAGAAGCUGGAACUUACUAUCCUGCCGUACUCCACCCCUUCCCUUCCUUAGUCUUUUCACCUGAGGAGCAUGGGAAGGAGGAGGCUUGGUGGAGCGAGGAGAAGUUACAGUUCCUACCCUGUCAUCAAUGCUUCUGAUAGGAAAACAAGAAAGAUAAUACUCGGCAACUUUUGGGAGCAUUUUCUUUAAAAAUCUUUAAAUAUUCCUCCCUAAAACUUAAAGUUUUAUAGCUAAGGCAAAAGAUGUCAUAAAAAAAAAUAGAAAUACCCACCCAGAAUGUAAAAAAGGUUUUAAUCUUUAAGGCAGGAAAUAGCAAGGGAAAUGUGAAUCCGCUGUCUUCAUUAAAGUUGCACCCUUCAUGGGUUAGUGUUUGGUUGUGUUUUCCAGUGGGAUGAAGUGAAACUCUGUAGUACAUUUUGCAUUGUUGAUAUUGUUUUCAUAUUUCUCAGCAGUUCCUGAGUCACCUUGUAAGAGUAGUCAGUUUUUAAGUCUAUCAUUGGAUUGUCUCCCAUCCCCAAAUAAGGUCCCUGCAAUGUCAGUCCUGAGUCCUGGGACAGAACUUGAUAUUCUAAAACCUAGAAUCCAGUUGUUUUUACCACCAGUCAUGUAACUUUGGGCUAGGUCCCUUAUCCUAUCUGUUCCUUUAUUUCAUUGUCUCUCCAGAAAGGGCAGUCUGACUUGAUGUUUUCAGGCCCCUUUUACAAAAAGUUUGUAAUUUCUUGAAAAUGUUGUUUGUAGUCUCCACCCACACAUAUAGGAAGGAGGAAAUAAUAGCAACCCCCCCAGGAUGCAAAUGAUUAAACUUUCUUCUGUAGGCCACGAGUUUAUCAUUCACAUGCUUUGAGGUUUUAGAAUAGGAAAAUAGGAGGGGUUAACUUUGCCUGUGAGAAAUGUCUUGGGCGAACGACGAUUUCAGUUAAAAGAUGUGUUUUUGUGAGUGGAGCCUGGCUGAAGAAAUGAAGACUGCCUUGUGUGUCCCUGCAGAAAGGCAGCCAUGAUUCUGUCCACCUAUAACACCUUCCAGUCCAUUUUCUGUUGCUGCUGUUGCUGCUCAGUACAGAAGCGACAAGUUAGAACACAGAUAAGCCUGAGCCAAGAUGAAGAACCUUCAGAAAAAUAUACCCAGUGUCGAAGGCGAUGGUUCAGCCAACUGUCAAGUAAGAAACAAUCCAGCAGGGGCCUUGCACAGCCGUCUAAGCGCAAGCCCCUGCCACCCUUGCCGGCCUCUGAGCUCGCGGAGGAGAGGAUCCACGUCAAGGCGCUGUAUGACUUUCAGCCCCGGGAAGCCUGUGAUUUAGCCCUGAAGAGAUCAGAGGAGUACCUGGUGCUGGAGAAGUACGAUCCUCACUGGUGGAAGGCGAGAGACCGUCUGGGGAAUGAAGGCUUAAUCCCAAGCAAUUAUGUGACUGAAAACAAACUCAGCAAUUUAGAAAUAUACGAGUGGUACCAUAGAAAUAUUACCAGAAAUCAAGCAGAACGUCUAUUAAGACAAGAGAAUAAAGAAGGUGCAUUUAUUGUCAGAGAUUCAAGACAUCUGGGAUCCUACACAAUUUCUGUAUUUAUAAGAGCUAGGAGAAGUACAGAGGCUACAAUAAAACAUUACCAGAUUAAAAGGGAUGACUCAGGACAGUUGUAUGUGGCUGAAAGACACCUCUUUCCAACAGUGCCGGAGCUGAUCUGGUACCACCAACACAACGCGGCUGGUCUCAUGACACGUCUUCGCUACCCAGUUGGGCUGAUUGGCGGUUGUUUACCAGCCACAGCUGGCUUUAGCUAUGAGAAGUGGGAGAUAAAUCCAUGUGAGCUGGCUUUUGUCCAGCAGAUUGGGAGCGGUCAGUUCGGGGUGGUCCAUUUGGGUGAAUGGCGAGCUCAUAUCAAGGUGGCGAUCAAGGCCAUCAGUGAAGGCUCCAUGUCUGAGGAAGAUUUCAUUGAAGAGGCCAAAGUGAUGACGAAGCUGUCACAUUCAAGGCUAGUGCAACUUUAUGGGGUGUGUAUACAGCAGAAACACCUUUAUAUUGUGACGGAGUUCAUGGAGAAUGGCUGCCUGCUCACCUAUCUCAGGGAGAGAAAAGGAAGGCUUAGAAGAGAGAUGCUCCUGAGUGUGUGCCAGGAUAUAUGUGAGGGAAUGGAGUAUCUGGAGAGGAACUGCUAUAUCCAUAGAGAUUUAGCAGCAAGGAACUGUUUGGUUAGUUCUACAUGUAUAGUAAAAAUUUCAGACUUUGGAAUGACAAGAUAUGUCUUGGAUGAUGAAUAUAUCAGUUCUUCUGGGGCCAAGUUCCCAAUCAAAUGGUCCCCUCCUGAAGUUUUUCAUUUCAACAAAUACAGUAGUAAAUCUGAUGUCUGGUCAUUUGGAGUUUUAAUGUGGGAGGUUUUUACAGAAGGAAAAAUACCUUUUGAAAACAAGUCAAAUUUGCAAGUUGUGGAAGUCAUCUCUAAAGGUUUCCGGCUGUAUCGCCCUCUCUUGGCACCCAUGUGUGUCUAUGAAGCUAUGUACAGCUGCUGGCAUGAAAGCCCUCAAGGCCGCCCGACAUUCAACGAGCUGCUCCGGGUUCUCACAGAGAUUGCAGAAACUUGGUAACCUGGAGUGGGAUGCCAGCCAGAGGAUCAGCUUGCAGAACUGUCAUGGGCCGAAACCCUGGGUAGGGCCACUGAUGGGAAAUAUCUUCCUUUAGAGUGGCUACUCUUGGAAACGGUGCAAAGAUCACAGGUUUUUCAAACUGUUUAAAUUUGAAAAUAUUCUGGCAAUAGUUUUUCUGCACAUAAGAGAGGAACUUCUAAACUUAUAUCUUUCUGUAUUAUCUUUCAAGUCCCAUCUGUGAAGAGGGGAAAGGGGGUGCAAGGUAGCCUUCAUGGGAAGUGCCAGUGUGCUACCAGCCCUGAGAGCCCUGGAGGGCACAGGAAAAGCUGGUAAGGGAAGUUCUUUUGUGAAGACUGGAGCAUGCACAGGAGACAAAGGAGAUUCACCCAGCUCACGGAGUACAGGAGCUUCCCUGGCAGAAUUUCAUGUUUCUGGGCUGUGCAGAGCUUUAUGGAAAACUCACUUUUAGAA